GGCGCCUCAAGGACCGUUGUCGUUUCGAUCCCUCCUUUCAGCUUUGCAGUGGGUAUUAUCAUCCCCUUAAAACAGGCACAGAGAGGCCAAGGUCUUUCGUUAGUACAGCAUUUUGCCGAUUAGCAAGCACUUUCAUGUCUAUUCCGCAAACAUCUUCAUUUUAGAGAGAUGUCUGCCAGAAGCCCCAAAGAUUUAAUUAAAGGUAAAUGGGGAUCAAAGCCUAGUAACUCCAAAUCAGAGACUGCAUUACAAAAAUUUAGGGGAAAAACUGCAACCUUACAAACAUCGGUGGAUGAAAUCACAAGUGGAAAAGGAAAGUUGACUGAUAAAGAGAGAGACAGACUUUUGGAGAAAAUUCGAGUCCUUGAAGCUGAGAGGGAGAAGAAUGCUCAUCACCUCACAGAGAAGGACAAAGAACUACAGCGACUCAGAGACCAGCUGAAAACCAAAUAUAGUACUACUGCAUUGCUUGAACAGCUGGAAGAGAAAACAAAGGAAGGUGAAAGGAGGGAACAACUGUUGAAAUCCUUGUCUGAAGAGACAGAUGUAUUGAAAAAACAGUUGUCUACUACAACAGCAAGACUUGCUGAACUUGAAAGCAAAGCCAGUACACUUCGUUUAUCACAGACCAUGGCUACAAGCUGCUUCAACUCCUCAAUGAGUAAUAUUCAGGAGAUGGAAAUACAGCUGAAAGACGCUCUGGAGAAAAAUCAGCAGUGGCUUGUGUAUGAUCAACAGCGAGAGGUCUACGUAAGAUCACUUUUAGCAAAGAUCCGUGAGUUGGAAAAGAAAUCAGAAACAGCUGCUCAUUCACUCCCACAGCAGACAAAAAAGACUGAAUCAGAAGGUUAUCUUCAAGAAGAAAAGCAGAAAUAUUACAAUCAUCUCUUGGCAAAUGCAAAAAAAGAUCUUGAGGUUGAACGACAGACCAUAACUCACCUGAGUCUUGAACUUAGUGAAUUUCAAAGAAAAUAUGAAGAAACCCAAAAAGAAGUUCAAGAUUUAAAUAAACUAUUGUGUUCACAAAGAAAGGCAGAUGUCCAACAUCUGGAAGACGAUAGGCAUAAAACAGAGAAAAUACAAAGACUCAAGGAAGAGAAUGAUAUUGCCAGGGAAAAACUUGAAGAAGAGAAGAAGAGAUCUGAAGAGCUGUUAUCUCAGGUCCAGUUUCUUUACACGUCGCUGUUAAAGCAGCAAGAGGAACAAACAAGGGUAGCUCUGUUAGAACAACAGAUGCAGGCAUGUACUUUAGACUUUGAAAAUGAAAAAAUUGACCGUCAGAAUAUGCAGCAUCAAUUGCAUGUAAUUCUUAAGGAGCUCCAAAAAGCAAGAAAUCAAAUAACACAGUUGGAAUCCUCGAAGCAGCUUCGUGAGUUUGCCUUCACAGAGCCAUUAGUCACUUUCCAAGGAGAGACUGCAAACAGAGUAAAAGUUGCCUCACCAAAAAGUCCUACGGCUGCACUGAACGAAAGCCUGGUGGAAUGUCCCAAGUGCAAUAUCCAAUAUCCAGCCACCGAACAUCGAGACCUACUUGUCCAUGUCGAGUACUGUUCAAAGUAGCAAUGUAAUUGUUCUCUGUUUUUGUGUCAAAAGAUUCAAUACUGUAUCUUAUGUUAGCUAAUGGACAGCUUGAAUUCUGAUUUCACCUCUUACAUAAGAAACUGUCUAUCUACCUUUCAGAUUCUGGUAUAGAAGUGAAUCACUGUAUUUUUUUGGCUGCUUUGCAUUUUCCUUGGCAGUGAUACCUCCCUGAGAUGGUUCAUCUUCAGGCUCCAGUAACAGAAUGUGGUGAGCAGCGUAUGCUGACACGACUACCAUUUUGCACUGUUGAAGUACUUGAGGGGGAAAACAUAGUUCAGGUUAUUGCUUGUGGGUUAAAUCUGUUACACAAGCAAGCAAGUAUUUUUAUGUUUUGUGGACUUUUGAAAAUCAAAAGUAAUUAACCAAGUGUCUUACUAUCUUGGCCUUUUUAUUUUUUUCAAGCACUUGUUAUACCUACAAUCGAGCCAUUGGUAAAAGAUGGUGAUACUUUUUUCAUUUUUCCUUGCUACUAUAGAGCAGUUAUUAGAAAAGUUGGGAAUUUUCUUGAUCUUUAUUGCUGCAUACUAUUGAAACUGUAAACCUAGCUAUGCUCUUAGCACAAAGCAGAUUCUGCUUAAGGAAUACUCCUAAAAAGCCAUACACAAUGUUUUCUGUCAUAUUAACUGGCUAUAACUUUAACUUGAAUCUCAUUAGCACAUGUUCGCUAAAAUUGUUAAAAUGGAUUUAAAAACAACAAUCUAGCCCUCUCAUUUUAAUUUCCAGAUAUUUUAUUUAUUUAUUAUUGGCACUCUUAAUUAAAACUGGGUAAUGU